AUGGCUGUUCACUCGACUUUUUCUUCCGUCUCCACCUCCACCCCGGCUUCUUCUGCUUCCUCUUCCUCGUUGCUACUUUCGAUUUGCUCCGGUUUGGGGAAAUACAAAACCACUGGCGAAAAAAGUGAUCUGAAGACCGAAUAUAUUUUUGAUAAAGAAUCCUUUGAUUGCCUGAAGGAUUUGAAAAAGAUAGUCAGAUAUGAGAUCCAAAAACAAAAUCGCAAAUUUUUGAGAACAAUUACGGAAUGGAAUGUGAUCAAGAAUCACCUGAUUCCUAUUUUUCUUGAACAUUCUCUUGGCGAAUACAUGCUAUUCCCAAACGAAGAGGGAGAUUCGCUAAAUACGGACCGCCAGAGUGUAGAACAAACCAAAUACGUGAUUUCUCCAUCUAAAUACCAACUGUCGAAAAUAAUUUGUAAGCAUGUUGAGUUACAUCAUAGUGGAAAUUCUGGUUGCCAUUACAUGGCCUAUUUCGCUUGA